UUUUUCUGGCAUGCGUAUCGUGUAUUCCACCAUAUUUGUUUACUUUCUGCAGUCGAUUCAAUCAAAUUUUUUAAAAUGUUGACUUCAGAAAAGAUAAAAUGACGUAAAGAUUAGGCAAGGAGCAUCGGAUUUUGUCCUAAAACUUAAGCGAAGUUAACUUUUGGGAUUAGGUCGUUAUAAAUUUUGUAAAGACACUACACGAGGUGAUCGACCACCACAUGACAAGUGUCGGUCAUAUUAUUUUUGUCUUCACUUGGAUAUAAUUAAUAAGUCAACUACUGAUUGCACCUAAUGUAUCAGUCAGAGUGAAAUAUUAAUUUGAGACAUUUUUAAAUCCGAUGUGACGCUACAAUCUAGUAGAAUGGGCAAUACAUCACAAAAAUCUCGCCAUGUGUCUGGCGAUGAAUCUGGACCUCAACUUGUAGCUGGAAGAUAUGGAUAUAGCGAAAAAGAAUUUGAUCACAUUCAAGUGAUCAAUCCUAACACGAGGCGACCAAGAGCUGCCACAACACUGAGUCAGGGAGCUGAUAUGGUUUACCAGACGCCUAAACUUUUACCAGCAGUAUUCAAAUGGGAAGGUGGCGGAAAAGAUAUUUACUUAGCUGGAAGUUUUAAUAAAUGGGCCAAAAUACCUCUUGUCAAAAGUCAUGGUGAUUUUCUAACAAUUAUAGAAUUACCAGAAGGUGAACAUCAGUACAAGUUUUUUGUUGAUGGGUCAUGGCAGCACAACCCUUCAGAGCCUGUGUUGACAGAUACUCAAGGAAGUGUAAGCAACUCAAUACAAAUUAGGAAAGCAGAUUUUGAAGUGUUUGAAGCUUUAGCUUUAGAUAGCCUAUAUGUAAAAAAUUCUAAAAAAGACAAAGGCCGAGAAAGUUUAGAUGAUGAAUAUGGACAGGAAGUACCAGUCAGGAAACCAGGAGAGAAAGUCACUGGACCACCUAUUCUUCCUCCACAUUUGUUACAAGUCAUACUUAAUAAAGAUAUUCCUGCCCAUUGUGAACCAACCUUAUUACCAGAACCUAAUCAUGUUAUGUUGAAUCACUUGUAUGCCUUAUCAAUAAAGGAUGGAGUUAUGGUACUGAGUGCAACUCAUCGAUUUAGGAAAAAAUAUGUGACAACAUUACUAUAUAAACCAAUUUAGGUGUACAUAUUUAUAUAAUUAAUUAAACCAAGUGCAGAGUGAUUGCAAUAUUAAAUGAUAAUAAUGUGACAGAAAAGUGAUGAAUGCUGGAUGUAGAUAUUGCUGUAUGUAUAUGAUGUUAAAACAUUGAUAAAUUGAAUGUGACAAAGAUCUCUAUUUGCACGAGGAAUUGCCAAUAUAGUAUGUCUCAUUUACCACCUGCCAAUAUCAUCGCUGAAGAACAAAUGGUAUUUGUCCCUGCAUUAUUGGUUUCUUAUAAUCAUUAUUCUCCAGAAUGUGUGAUAGUCUUUUUUUUUU